AUGCGUUUACCAGCAUAUCUUCAAUAUCUUUAUAAAUCAAUGACACCUCGAUAUCCAAAAUGGCAACCUGGUGAUCCAAAACAUCGAAUUUUUUUUCCUCAAUUUUGGAUGAGAAUUAUGAGAUCCGAAGAAAAUCGUCCAUUAAGACCAAAUGUUGUUCGAUUUGAAUGUCAUAUUGAAAUGACUAAAAACGAUGUAAAACAAUAUUUAGAAAAGAUUUAUAAAAUUGAUGUACUUGAUGUAACAACGAUUAUUCAACAAGGCAAAGAAAAUCGUCAUCCAGUUUCAUCAGAAAUAAUUGAUCCUGAUCCAGAUCGAAAAUUUGCUUAUGUAUUCUUGAAAAAUGAAACAUUUGAAUAUCCUGAUGUAUGGCGUGGUCGAAUGCCAUUUGAUGAACUUGCUAAAGAUGAAAAACGUAUGAUGUCAGUGACUAAUAAAGAAAAUGCUACAACAAUUCAUCGACCUGGACUAUCAAAUUGGUUUCGUUAA